CUUACUUACCUCUCCCUCUCCCUUUCACCUGAAAAAAAAAGCUUCCUUUUUUCUAGAUGAUUAAUGUCUUUUAGACUAAUAAUGUAAAAGGAAAGGAAAAGAAAAUUCAUCCUUUUCUCUAGUUCAGUUGGUCUCUUUGUUUUUCUUGUUACGUUGUUUGACGGGACCUGUGUUAACGAAGAACAAAAAUGGUGAAGUUAAUACAGGACAGUGGUUAUUGUUCUUUAGUUGUAAAAAUGUUACAACUUUGUACAAUUUGAUUCUUGUUUGGGUUUCGUUCUAAGUUGAAUCUAUUUAACAACAAUUUCCAUUGUCAAUUUUUAAAGAAAAAUUGAAGAAAUUGCUCAUCCCAUCAUCAACCAUGAAGAGAUCUGGAAGCUCAGAUUCUUUGGGUGCUUUAAUGUCGAUCUGCCCAAAUUCAGAUGAACAUAGUCCAAGAAGCAAUGUUUACAGUCGGGAGUUUCAGUCGAUGUUAGAUGGAUUAGAGUUAGACGAAGAAGGUUGUUUCGAAGAGUUAACGGUCGUCGGCCAUGGCGGCGGGAAGAAGAGACGAUUGAGUGUAGAUCAAGUGAAAGCAUUGGAGAAGAAUUUCGAAGUGGAAAACAAGCUAGACCCCGACAAGAAAACGAAACUGGCUCAAGAACUUGGCUUGCAACCACGACAAGUUGCUGUCUGGUUCCAGAACCGACGUGCCAGGUGGAAAACCAAGCAAUUGGAAAGAGAUUACGGUGUUCUCAAAACCGGUUAUGAUUCUCUUAAGCUCAAUUACAAUGCCCUCCACCAUGAAAAUGAAGCUCUUCUCAGACAGAUUAAUGAGCUGAAGUCAAAGCUUAAUGAGCCGCCGCCGGUUUCACCUUUGGAUACCUCAUCGGAGCCGGCGGAAUUGAACUGCCCCAGUGGAUCAGUUGAUGGUGGUGGCGACACCGUUUUCCCCGACUUGAAAGACGGGUCGUCAGAUAGUGACUCGAGUGCUAUCUUGAAUGACGAUAAUAUCAGCAGCGGCGGUGGCGGAGGCAGCCCAAGGAACGCGGUGGCGUGUUCAUCGCCGUCGUCCAUGAGCAACUGCUUCCAGUUGUUCAAAACAACUUAUGUGAAGAUGGAAGAGCAUGAUUUCAUCAGUAGUACUGCGGAUGAAGUCUGCAAUUUCUUUGCAGACGAGCAGGCUCCGAGUCUUCAAUGGUGGAUCUGAAUCAAAAGACGUGGGAUUUUCUGGAACCAAAUGCAAUAAGGCCAAGAUUGACGUGGCGGCGGCGGAAGUUGUCAGCGAAUGUGGCGUGGUAGCGAAGGCAGUGGGCGGGCGUGUGGGGGAAUGAUUAGAUCGUAAUGGAAGCUCUCUCUUUUUUUUAUCCUUUUGUAUUUACUUAGUUCUGCUGUAAAUGGUAAAAUCCUUCAAAACCCACGGGGGAGAAAGUAAUUUUCCCCCUUCUAAGUGAAAAAGCAGAAAAAUAAAAGUAAAAAAUC